AAAGGAUUAAACAAUGGAAUGACUUCACAGGUGGAUUUUAAUGUUAUUUAAGGACUCAUCGCUGUUACAGUUCUAAACGUCAUGAAGGUUUGAGAUUUAAAAAGGAUCUGCUCCUGUACUACACACGUGGUGUCUACUGAGCCUGAUAUGAAGCCAAUUACUUGGAUCACUGUUUCAAUGCUUGCUGUUGUGACAACGCGUGGUGGGGAAAAGUACUCAUCUUUCAACGAUUGUUCUUAUGCAACAUAUGAGGGGAAAUUAUAUGCUCACUGUGAGGGCCUCGGAUUACAUAGUGCACCAAGGUUCUCUAACGAAGUCAUUGGAGUUAAUUUUGCCAACAACACAUUCGAGCAUGUUCCGGCAAAUCUACCUAGAUAUAUUUUGUAUCUGAACAAGUCUCACAAUCACCUGCAAAAAUUGGACACCACUUCAUUAGAUAGAUACAGCCUACUAAGAAAUUUCAGUAUUUCAUGCAACAAACUUCAUGAAGUUCAGGCUGGUACUUUUGUGAACAAUUCGAAACUUCAACACCUAGACGUCUCCAAUAACCAAGUCCUUACCAUUCACGCCAUUUAUAACAUAUCACGUGAUCUGAAAAAUUCCGCAAUCAAAAUCUUAAAUACCGAAAAAUUACAAUGCACUUAUGGAGUUAGUAACUUUAUCAAAAUCUACCAUGUUGCGCAUUUAAAGGAUACCCAACUAGAAGAAUUAAAUAUGGCUUCGAACAGAAUAUACAGUCUGGAAACGGGCGCAUUGGCCUCGCGUCCAAAAUCACUCCGUGUUCUAAAUCUGUCAGAUAAUAUGCUGAUUUUUGGAUUCUACAUGAUGGAAUUUGCGGUUCUGCGGAAUUUGGAAAUACUUAACAUCAGUUUUCAGUUACAGUUCCAUCAAGCUAUAAUGAAUAUCGAAUUCUUUGAAAAUUGUAAUGACACAUUAAAUCCUUCUAGAAUGGCUGAACCGGACCACAAGAAUGACGACCAUUCAAAAAUCAAAGUACUGAAGGUACUGAAACGAGGUGACGUUUGGCAGUGAAUGGCAUGGAUUCUAAUGCAAGAUCGAAUUAAAUGAAGGAUGUAAUAUGUUGGAUGGUAUUAUUUGUAAUCCAGAAGCAUAUGUUAUACCUUCAAUUUGAGGUAAUGAAAUGUGUUAACUGUUGAAACAUUCUAAAACUGAGUAGCAAGCAUAAUUAAGCUAUAUGUGAGGAAGAGGCCCAUAGGCCACAAUGCACAUCUGACCUACCAAGGAUGUGCUUAGUAGGAAGAUUUUUUAAAAAUGUGGUCCCAUCUAACCCCUUGGAGUCGUAACUAAGACAAACUUGAAUCUAGACUAACUAAGGAUGCUUCCAUAUCAAUAUUUUUAAUGAUGCCUUUGUUGUUCUUGAGAAGAUUUUUUUUAAAAAUCCUAUAUAUUUCAUUGUAAAGUAUUGAUCCCCAAUUGUUGGCAUACCCUACCCCUGGGGGUUAUUACUUGAACAUACUUGAAUCAACACUAUGAAACGAAGGUUUCACAUAAGUUACAGUGUUUUUUACUCUGUGGUUGUUGUUGAGAUUUGUAAAAAACAAUUGUGACAAAAUUUUCACUAAUUCUUGGGUAUUUCCGCUUAAAAGAGUUCAUAUGAACAAAAUUGAUUGUAUUUCCCCUGCAUAAACUGGUAAAGCAGACACAUGGCCUGUCUUGCAUGCUUGUAUAAAACAUCACCUUUUUCGAGAACAAAAUGAAUAUCAUUCGCAUCCCAAUCUCCAAACAAUUUUUGGUUAACUACAUUAAAUGCAAUGCACACAAGUGAAUUUGCUACACAUUGUUUACCUCUGCUAUAUUCUGAGAAAGUUUCUGACCCUUGAUGAAAGUUGGCAGACACGCAUUUCAAAAUUAUGGGAUCUUUUCUUACAUUGUGACUUUUUCUUUUUUUGACAGAUUUUGGGCUCUCCCUUUGAUGACUAUCAAAAUCAUGAUUUUUUUCUUUUUUUGCUACCCUUCAUAUCUGAUGACGACAACAACUGUCAACUCUUGAAAUAACUCAUUCAAUUCUUGAGUCAAAGUUAAACCAGUCCAAGAAAAUUUCCACUCUUGAAAUAUCAACUCUUGAAAACAAGUGUCAACUCUUGAGAUAAUUCAUUCAACUCUUGAGAUAAAUCAUAUUUCGUGACAAAGAAAUGUAAACUUGAUUUCCAAUAUAUUACUUCCAAUGGAGUUCUUUUCUUGAAUAACAAAUAUAUUCACAAAAAACAUGUUCAUUUAUAUUUCUUAAUCAAUGUUUACAGCUAUCUGACUUGACCAUGAAAGAGCGCGGGAAAUGGCGCUCGGCCCUUUCGAUCGAAGAUUACAUGUUUACACCCAGAUUUAGUAUUAAAAUCUCAAAAAAUGCGUCCAAAAGAAAUAUUUUGGUAAAAUUGUACGAAAUUAACACAUUGGGUUUCAGAUAAUUACCUUGAGUUAAUGCGUUGGCAAGAAUAUAUCAGUUCUCUCAGGCAAGACGUUUUCUCCUUGUUGAUAAACAGGAUAGCGUGGCGCGUAUGGAUACAGAGAAAUAGUGCAGAGUUUAAUAUUAAAAUUCUAAUUACACACAAUUUCUGCUUGAUAAAUACAACAGAUCACAUACAAGGAAGACUUCUUCAAUCUGACAUAAAACAGAAUUUAUAUAUAACAGUUUAAUAAAAAUGGAACAUAGUAUCAAUGUGAACUAUUUUUUGAUAGACGAUAAAUCGGCUAAUUAACAUAAUUUUCAGACAUAAGAGGAGACAGCUGUUUACCCAGAAUUCCUAGAGAAAAAUAGACCAUGUUUUCCCCGUCUAUAUGUGAAAAUGCGAAUGAAUACAGAAGCAAUGCAAAUCGUUUCCUACAGUCCAAUUCCGUUUUUCUAAGAUCGUGGAAUAAGAUGUUGGCAAACGACAAAUAAUUUUGAUCUUGUUUACAAACCUAAACACUAAUUCGCGAUUCCUUUUGAUGUGUGGACUUUGUUUCAUAUCGAAGGGAUAAAAAUUGUGAUUUCAUAAAUUCUUAUUUAACUUGCUUAUCGUAGAGGGUAAACAUAUGGAUCCUAUAUCAAUCUCAAAGUGAAUUGUGACAGCUUUUACGUUGCAUUAGCAUAUGUGACAACAAAUUUCUUAUAUUAAAAAUCAAAGUGAUUUCGCAAAUGGUAGUGAUUAAAACAGGGCGCCAUUGAAGCUGGGGUCUGACAUACGAGGCUGACUUACGUCACCUCGAAUCAAAACAUAUUGGAAUGAAAUGAUAUCGGAACCUCAUCGAUUCAACUCCUCACUCCAAGGUCUCGCGGGGAACAUCGAGAACUUCACAAUCUACUUCCCUCCAAAUGCACGAGAAAUCUAUUUCCAUGACAAUUUAUACAAAUUUUCAGUCCCCAAGCUUCCCAUCGGUAUUAAUAAUAAGUUGUCACAUUUGUUUGUUCAAAGAAAUAUUAUCUAUGAGCUUAGAGGACCAAUAACGGGACUGGGGAAUGUAGAGUACAUCGAUUUUUCCGGUAAUUUUUGUGGCUAUUUAGCCAGGGAUAUUUUCAAAGAUUUCCCCAAGCUAAACAUUUCAAUUUGUCCAACAAUGCACUCGGACCGUCAUUUGAAGCCGAUGAAAAUGGCCAGAUUUUCUCGCACCAAACUUUGCUGUCAUCUCUUGACUUGUCCUUUAACAGAAUCGGCCGCCUUACUGAGAUAGUAUUCCAACACAACACACACAUUGCUUACUUGAACUUAAGUUACAACUCCGUCAACAGUUUCAAUGUCCGUAUUAACCAUCUUAAAAACCUUACCUUAUUGGAUAUAUCUUACAAUCAGUUGUCAAAUCUCGGACCAUCAACACGAGAAGCCCUGAAUUUGGUGUCUAGGACUCAUACGGUUCGGGUUAAUUUAAUGGGUAACAAUCUUAAAUGCUCCUGUGAACAUUUCGACUUCCUCAAAUAGAUGCGUAACUCCAAAACAUUGCAAUUCGUAAAUUUUGAAAAUUAUACCUGUGCAUUUGGGAAUUCAUCGGAUUUCUCCUUAAAAAAUAUUGACGAUCUACUGCAGAUCUUGGGGAAACAAUGCUCGUCGUAUGCACUUAUUAUAGUUAUCAUAACGUCGUUGAUCAUCAUCGUUUUGACUUUAACAGUGAGUCGCAUUGUAUAUAGAUACAGAUGGAAGCUCCGCUAUAUGUAUUAUAUCGCCAGAGAAAAUUACCAAGGGAACGCUGACAAAUAUGAUUUGGUGAGAGAGACAUCACAUCGAUUUGACGCUUUCAUUUCAUAUGCUGAUGAAGACAGAAGCGUUGUUUUAAGCCUCGUUAAGGUUCUAGAGAAAGAUUAUGGUUUGAAGUUUUGCUUACAUCAACGAGAUUUUAUUCCCGGAACAGAUAUCGCUGUUAAUAUCACAAACGCCAUUCAUUCCAGCAGCCGAACAGUCUGUUGUAUGACGUCACGCUACAUCGAGUCAUAUUGGUGUAUGUUUGAAUUAAACAUGGCGCGAAUGGAGGCGAUAUAUUCUCGUAAUGGAAAAAAUAUCCUGUUUCUGAUAGCGUUGGAAAAGAACACAAUGAAACAACUGCCUUUUCAUCUGAUGGAUCUCAUCGAGACCAAGUCGUACCUGGAUUAUCCAAACUGUGACGACGAAAGGAUUGCCUUUCAGUCGAAACUUGGAGAUUUUCUGAGAACUUCUGAUGGCGAAUGAUUUCUUCGAAGAUCGAACCGUCUACACGAUUUUAUAAUUCGUGUAGAAAAAAAAAGAAUUACAUGCCAGAUAUGUCAAGGUAGAGACACAAGGGGUGACGUCACGGAUCGUCUAAAAUAUUACUCGAUAGAGACACGAGAGGUGAAAAUAGCAUUACUCUUUCUUGUCUAUAAGACAAAGCAGAACGAUAACUCGUAUAAACACGAAGCAUUACAAACAUUUUAUCAGAAGUGUACGUAACACGACGGCGCCAUGAUGAUAAAAGUGAAAAUGUAAUUUGCAGAGCCAGUAGAAUGGCGGGAAGAAUACAUGUAUUUUAUAUUAUCUAUAUACCAUUAUAUUGUAUCUGUAUGAUACUGUUCUAUAUACCAUUAUAUUGUAUCUGUAUAAUACUGUUCUAUAUACCAUUAUAUUGUAUCUGUAUAAUACUGUUCUAUAUACCAUUAUAUUGUAUAUGUAUAAUACUGUUCUAUAUACCAUUAUAUUGUAUCUGUAUAAU